CCCACUUGAUUGUACACAGAAGGCUGUGUGUACACUCUCAUACUGACAAUAUUCCCACAUUUCGAUCUCUUUCUUUAAAAUUCUAAAUUCCCUGCGAUUUCCCUCGACUUUUGCCAUGCACAAAACUACCAAAUGCAGAUGCCACAAAAGCUUCUUAAAGACCGUUCUCAGCCGUUCCCUGGCUGACUGUAAGAAUGGAGGCGGCAAGGGCAUAAAAGCCAAGUUGGCCAAAAAAAUACCCAUAGAGCGAGAAAAGUUUCUGGGUAUCAAGUGUUUGCAUGGCAAUAAGUUUAUUGGCCAGAUCUCCGUCAACAGCGUCAUGGGGGGAAUGCGAGGACUGCCGCUCCUGUUUUGCGAGACCUCCAGCCUGGACAAAAACAAGGGCAUAUAUUACCGCGGUAUCUUGUUGAAGGAUGUGUGUGCCAAGCUGCCGCGUGUGAAGGAGGGCUCCCAGGAGGGCACCCCGGAGGGCUGCUUCUACCUGCUGACCACCGGGCUGAUGCCCACCAAGGAGGAGGCCGAGGAGGUGACCGAGGAGUGGCUGAGGCGAGGCACUGUUCCGCGCUACUGCCUGCGGAUGGUGGACUCCAUGGACAAGCGGGUGCACCCCAUGGCCCAGCUGUGCGCCGCCUGCGCAUGCCUUAGUUCGCAGAGCAAGUUCGUCGAGGCCUACAAUAAGGGGGCCAAGAGAGCGGUCUACUGGGAGUCCGUCUACGAGGACUCGAUGAACCUGUGCGCCAUGCUGCCCACCGUAGCGGCGGCCAUUUACAACAACGUUUUCCACGACGGCGAGGGUACCCGGGAGAUCAACCCGGAGCAGGAUUGGUCAGGAAACUUCUGCCGCAUGCUGGGACUGCCGGACGAGGACUUCAUCGACCUCAUACGCCUCUACAUGACCCUGCACGCCGAUCACGAAAGCGGCAACGUUUCCGCCCACGCCUGCCACCUGGUCGGCUCGGCGCUCAGCGAUCCCUUCCUGUCCUUCUCGGCCAGCAUGUGCGGCCUAGCUGGCCCACUGCACGGCUUGGCUAACCAGGAGGUACUCGUCUGGCUGACGAAGCUCAGGGAGGCCAUUGGCGAUGAGCCGAGCGACGACGAGCUGAAGAAGUUCAUCGACGACACGCUGAAGGGCGGGCAGGUUGUUCCCGGCUAUGGACAUGCCGUGCUGCGGGACACCGAUCCCCGGUUCGUCCUGCAAAACGAGUUUGCCAUGAAGCACUGCAAGGAUGAUGCGGGCGUCAAGCUGGUGACUCGUCUGUGGAAGAUCGUUCCGGAGGUGCUGAAGAAGCUCAACAAGGUGGCCAAUCCGUAUCCCAACGUGGACGCCCAUUCGGGUGUCCUGCUGCAGCACUACUGCCUGAAGGAGCUGCAGUACUACACGGUACUCUUCGGAGUUUCCCGGGCUCUGGGAGUUCUGGCCCAAACGAUUUGGUCUCGGGCCCUGGGCGCACCCAUCGAGAGGCCGAAGUCCUUCUCCUCCUCGGAACUGUGCAACUUCAUCAAGCAAGCUGACAAAAAGGCAAAAGAGAAUAAAAAGUGCUGAGGUACAACAGGUUAAAACACCAA